CUCAGUAGCUCAAUAUCUCCAGCACAUCGCAGUGAUUCGCUUUCGAGUCCUGCGGAUGUCGCGGUACACUUUUGUAACGGCAACAUAGCCAAGGCCCAGCCUUUGAUUGAGGGAAAGAAAAAUCCCUCGGAUCUCAUUGUUGAGUACGACGAAGGGACAAGCAUGCGAUUCCUUCAAUCGACUGCAAGCCGUAUGCUCGCAUCCCUAUUCUAUAUCGAGCUCGCAUCCAUUCCCGAAUUCUGCUCAGGCUUGAGUUUGGUACACUUGCGCAUCCGAUGCCGGGUACCGCCUGGGCCGUCCCUUAUCGCGCUUCUACGGCUACCGCUCCAAAACUCGCAACUUUAUUGUUGGGCCGAAACGAGAGACUCCCGAAGUUCAACCAGUAUGAAAGAUGGAAAGCAGAACAAGGAGCCUCUGGCAAUAUCUACGUCGGUGGCACAAUAUCAAGAAGGCUUUUCCAAGGCCGUAACUGUGGAGGCAAAAUCAUUGGGCUCCGUGAUAUUUGUAGGAAUUACAACCAAAAGCGGGUUUGA